UAUAAACUAGAAAAUGAAGUCAACGUUUACUUUAAUAUUAUUAACAAUAUUAAUUACAACAAAUCUCUAAACCUUUCCGGUAUAAUUAUUUUAUUGAAGUGACAUUAAAUAUCUGCUGUUUUAACUAACCUCAAAAGUCACUUCGCCAUUCAAAUAUUUAUAAAAACAUUUCUAAUGAAUUAAAUGUAAAAGUAAUGCUAAGGUUUAGUGUAAAGGAAAAAUAAAAUAAAAUUGAUUAACAGGAACUUUACUAUUGCAGUAUUCAGACUUACCUGUGACAAAAGGACGUGGCAAAUGUAACAGUACGCAAACUAUUGAAAGUAGAGAAGAAGAUUAAAAAAUAUUGGAGGUUAUAGUCCAAUCCAAAUUUAUGGUAAAAACAAAAACAUCAUAUAGAAAAGCAAAAAUAUGUAACAUGAACAAGUCAUUUUCAUUUUAAGCUAUUUACUGCUUAAUCAUGUGACUGAUAACAAAAUAAUAUAUAAAGUUUUCAAAUGCGUUCAUCAGUAAGUUAUAUAUUAUCAAGUAGUAUAAGUGAGCCAAAAAUGUCUCACCCAGAUUAUGAUCAGUACUCUCAUGAUCAUGCUGCUCUUCUCGUUCUUGUUAAACACAUAGGAAAUCAGUUAAAACCUAAAAUAUUCUUCAAAUUUUAUGAACGUAUUAAUAAACUUACUAGCGUUAGAAUUACUGACUCGACUGGAGCAGUUAGAAAUAUUUUAAUACGUUAUAUCAAAGAACACCCCGUGGAAAAUAAUGAUUGGGGGGACUUUCAAACGCAUAGGCGUUUAUUGGGACUUAUAUCUCUCGGGAAGUAUGAUUCGCAACAGGAACUAAAUGAAAUAUGUAGAGUGCAUGAAAGUUUAAAAGUCAAGUACAAUGCCACUCUUUUUGAUUCAAGAUGCAUUUUAUUUGGUCCAACUAAAGAUACCGAAUCUCCUAUAGAUGACAAUCCCACAUCUAGUAGUUCUGCAGAUAGUGAUAAGUCUAGUGAUUGUCCCGUAGAAAAAUUCACUACACCUAGUAAUUUCAAAACCAGAGCUUUAUUCUAUGAUAUUACUUCAGCUUGUUCUGAUUUAGAAAAUCAGUUGAAUGAGUUCAUUAACUCACUUUUUUGGGUUUUGGAUUCUAAAAGAGUUGAGAGAUCCAGAGAAAAGUUGGAAAGAGUAUGUUUAUUAUUAGCUCCAUUUGAAAAAAGAGAUUUUGUAGGUUUGGAUAUGGAAUCAAGAAAUAAUAAAAAAAGAUGUACAGGGAGAAUGAUUAAACACCUUGGAGAUCUGUGUUUACAAACCGGACUAUUAACAGAAAGUUUAAAUUAUUAUGUUCAAGCAGUAGAUAUUUUAAAAUCUGUAAAUGAUUGGCUAUGGCUUGGAGGAGCCUAUGAAGGCCUUUGUGCAGCUUCAGCUUUAGUUUUAUAUCCAGAUAUGCAAAGAAAUAUUCCACUACAUAGAAAUGCCAGUUUGCAAGAGGGAUCACCUCGCAAGUCAAGCCAAACUACUCCAUCAAUUGUGUUAAGUGUUAAAAAAAUGAUUGCAAAUACUUUAGCACCAGAGGAUAUUGCUAAAAGAUACAGAGAAGCUAUUAUUCAUUACAGUAAGUAUCAGAAUGCUGGUAUUAUUGAAACAGAGGCAAGCUUUAAAGCCGCAAGGAUAACUGUAGAACAAAAUCAUGCCUUACAAGCCGCAAGCUUCUUACAAAAUGUUGUUUAUAUAAAUUUACAAUUAUCUGAAAUGGAGAAAAUUCAGAGAUUUGAGACAUUAGCUGAUUUAUAUUCUCAAAUUGGGUUUUGUAGAAAAGCUGCAUUUUGUUUAAGAUUGGCUGCUACAAGGUAUGUCUCUCCUCAAAAUACAAUCCCCAACUGGGGUCGUUGUUAUGCUUUAAUGUUGCAAAGUCUACCUGGACACAAUCUUAAUUUAGACCCUGUUGAAAUGAGGGCUGUUGAUCAAGGAUGGCCUGUUCUGCAAAUUCAACUUAUGCAGGAAUUAGUUGUUGCUGCGAGAAGAACUGGACAUUCAGCAUUAGCAACACGACAUAUGACAUUCCUUUUACAAACUAUGUGGACACAUUUAAGUUGUACUGAACAGAAAGAACUAGCAGUGCAAUUACAAAGUCUCUCUGCCCAAUGUGAAGGUUCUCCAGUUCCUCUGGUUCUUGAAAGUGGUUUAGUAGUACCACCUGCAAAUCUCACUGACAUUCCAAAAUGUGCUGCUUUUACACCUAAAGAUCUUCAACCACAUUUAAGACCAAGAAGAAUAGAAAAUCAUAAACAAGAUACUGGUCCGUUUUUAUUUACUCCAAUUCAUUUUGGAGGUGGUAGUUUAGAUCGAAAAUCGAGACAAGCUAAUACCAAGCUAGAUUUCCUGUGGGUACAGAAUGAAAUAUGUGAAGUACAGUUAAAACUGACUAACCCAUUACCAUUUGAACUAAAAGUAUCUAACAUGAGAUUGUUGACGGGAGGUAUAGUGUUUGAAUCAAUACCAGAAACAAUUGUUUUACCACCAGAUGUUCCAACUUCUUUAACACUUAGUGGUUGGGCUCGAGAAAGUGGAGAACUAGAAUUAUCUGGUUAUAGUACUCAUACCUUAGGUGUAAAAUCAAACUGUAGACUACGUCAUAUGGCUUCCAGUAUGAACUUCCUACCCUAUUACAAAGUACAAGUUGUGCCAGUUUUACCAUUAUUAGAGGUGUCAACUUCACUUCCUAUAAGCUCUACAUUUUCUAAUUUCCAUGAUGAAAACACUGUUACGUCGGCGAUGAUCACUUUAUACCACGGAGAAAGUUCUGAAUGUAUUAUUACUUUAAAAAAUAACGGUGACGUACCAGUAGAUAUGUUAGAAGUUGAGAUUAACAGUAUACUAGAAACAUCUCUACAGGAUCAGAUGUUCUAUUGGAACAACGACGAUAUUAAGAAACUAUUACCAAUUUCUCCAGGUGCUACUGUGACUUUUCCAUUGUAUUUACAUUCUGCUGCUAAAUUUCUAGCACCAAAUGCCGCCAUUUCUCCAACCAUUCCUCAUGACAUGAGUAGUGGACCUUUCAGCAGUAUGUCCACUUCGUUGCCAGGUGGGUCCCUUCCAUCCAGAUUCAAUUCAAGCAUUCGUUCCUCAAAUUCUGGUCACUCGAGUUUGGUAGCUGGUCUAACAACUAUUUUCCAACAACAACCAUCUACUUCACUUAUUGAAGCUCAGCUGAAACUGAAAUACAGUGGAUCUGAGGGAUUGAGUGCUGAAUACUGUCGAUCAUGUUCGGUUUUAUUAAUGCUAGAGAUGUUGCCAUCUUUACAGAUUACUAAUUGGGAUGUUCUUCCUGCCGAAACGCAUUCUCAAUUUUACCUUGUGCUAGACAUUGUGAAUUUAACAAGUCAAGAGAUGGAGCUACAGUACACUCCUUCUAAAACAAUGCUUAUAGAGGGACAAGAGAGUUGCAGAGUUCCAAUUCCCAUCGAUAGAUGUCCUUUAUCAAAACUGAGGGGACUUUUUCAAGAAUCAGGCGAACAUGUCGACCCAAAAAACGACAUUGAUGUCAACAAAAUUUGCUCAGAACAUAUUACAGAUUUGGUGAAUUUAAAAUGGCAUUUACUAGGUUCGGAUUCGAGAGGAGUAGCUUCGUUGAAAGGAAUUCACUUACCUGCGAGAAUGUUGGACAUCGUGAGAAUGUCACCUCUCGAUUGGGAAGUUAAAAUAAAUGGUGAUGUAGUAAAAGCGCAGGAAGAAGUUACUUGCAAUGCUGGAGAAUGCUUGGAAUUGAAACUAGCUGUUGUUAAUAGUUUAGAAAAGACUUUACAUCAAGUUUCAAUGACUAUACAGUUUUACCAAGAUUAUGAAAAUGGUACAUUGAAUCACAGAAUGGAUACCAGGUUAGCUACAGCUGGUUGUACUAAGAAAUCUUUUGCAAUGUUACAGCCCCAGGAUAAAGUUAACCAUGAGUGCAAUGUAAUAUUUUUUACACCUGGUCAUUAUAAACUAGAUAUACAAUGUUGUGCUCCAGAAACUCUAACAUCUUCUAAAGUUAAUUCACUGAUUUCUCCUGGUCAUAUAUGGAGGUUUACACCCACUGUUUCCUUUCAAGUUAAUUAAGAUUAAUAUAAUGAUGAUACAGUAACAGUGUUUAUUAUUCGAUAUAUAAGUUUUUAAUUAAACUACUGAAGCAAUGAAUAAA